AUGGCAGGCACCAAGGAGAAGAAGCGCAGCAGCGGCGUCAAGCGCGAUCUGAACGCCGCCAACGAGCCCCCCGCGAAAAAGGCCAAGUUGCUCGACAACACCGACGAUGAAGGCUCUGACAGCGACGGCGGCGGAGUCUCGCUCAAGGUCAACGAGGAAUACGCCCGCAAGUUCGAGCACAACAAGAAGCGCGCCGAGCAGUUCCGAUUAGAGGAAAAGUACGGCAAGGACAAGGCGUUCCAAAACGGCGGCGACGAGUCGGAAGACUCCGAAGAGGGCGUGGAGGAAGACGAUGCAGCCGAGCUACUCGACGAAGAUCUCGACGAACAGGUCAAUGCCACCCUCCAGGCUCUACGCGCAAAGGACCCUCGCAUCUACAACAAGGAAGUCAAGUUCUACCGCGAACUCGAAGAGGGCGAAAAUGGCACAGACGAGAAGAAGAAGGAGCCAUCCAUGACACUGCGCGACUACCACACCAAGAAUUUGCUCGAGGGAAAGUACACGGGCGAAGACGAUGACGAGGAUGCGCCGCCGAAGACAUAUGCGCAGGAACAGGAAGACGCUAGGCAGGAUCUCGUCAAGGCGCUCAAGGAUGCCGAUGAGGAGGAAGACGACGACUUCAUCGUUGCAAAGGAGAAGCCUCAGAAGUCCAAGAGCGACAAACCCAAGAUUACCGCCGAGGACGUUGAGAAGGCCGACCAGGACCCCGAGACUUUCCUGUCCAACUUCAUGGCAUCUCGCGCCUGGGUGCCCACACAAUCUGCUCGCUUCCAGCCCCUCCUGUCCGAUGACGAAGACGAAGACGCCGCGGCAGACGAGUGGGAAAACUCGUACAACCUAUACUUUGAGGAUACAACGGGUGCGAACGAGAAGAUCAUGACAUAUGCGCGUGAUGCUGUCGCAAGCACUACGGUCCGCCGAGACGACAAGAGCGGCCGACGCAAGGCCCGUGAACAGGCGAGACAGAAGAGAGAAGCCGAGAGACGAGAGAAGGAGCAGGAGCUUGCACGUCUCCGAAAGCUCAAGGUGGAAGACAUGGAGAGCAAGGUCAAGCAGAUCCGCAAGAUCGGAGGUCUGAGCGGCAGAGACUUCAACAUUGACGAGUGGAAGGAGGUGUUGGAAGCCGACUGGUCAGAUGAGCAAUGGGACGCCGAAAUGCAGAAGCGCUUCGGUGAUGCCUACUACGGAGACACUGUCGAGGAUGAGGAAGAAGGCGGCAAGAAGAGCAAGAAGCCUAAGAAGCCAAAGUUCGACGAUGAUAUCGAUAUCAAGGAUCUCGUGCCUGACUUCAAGGACGACUCCGAAGAAGAGCGACCCGACCUCUCAUCCGACGAGGAAAUGCCCGACGCUGAAGCAGAGGACGAUGACGAAGAAGUUGGUGCAUCCUCCAAGAAGUCCUCCAAGCAGCGCAAACAAGAACGCGCCGAAGCCAAAUCCACCGCACGUCGCGAUCGCCGCCUCAUAGAAAACCUCGUCAACCAGAACCUCGAAUACGAAGCCGCUCUCGCUGCCAAGCCCUCCAAAGCCGCCUCCCGCUUCCGCUACCGCGAGACAUCUCCCACAAGCUUCGGUCUGACUGCGCGCGAUAUUUUGCUUGCGGACGACAAAGCCCUGAACGACUUCGCGGGCCUGAAGAAACUGGCCGCGUUCAGAGAUCCCAUCAAGAAGAAGAAGGACAAGAAGUUCCUCAGCAAGAAGGCUCGCAUCAGGCAGUGGAGGCAAGACACUUUUGGCAACCCUGACGGACCAAAGGGUGGAUUCGAGACUCUGCUUGGCGAAGAAGAGGUUGCGGCACCUAGGCGCGACAAUCGUAACGACAGUAAUAACGACAGCAACAUUGUCGAAGGCGAGAAGAAAAAGAAGAAGAGGAGUCGCAAGAGGAAGGCUACUGCCGUCGAAGCGUGA